GGACGACGCGACAGGAGUUGCUUUCUUCCCAGCUUUCUUCCCAACAGCGACUCCUUCAAACAGUUCUUGAGCACGGUACUCAGCGCUGAAGGACCGUAGUCACAGACGGACGGGUGGAACAGGCAGGGCAGAGACGGGCGCUUGAACUGACGGUCGGGCGGCUAAAGUGGCGACGGACGCAACGACGAAGGAAUCAGGAAAAGACCUCCGACGCUGGACAUCGGACCCUCAACCCAACAAUCUAUUACAGUACCUUCGCCAUGCCCUUCGCACCCCGCCACCUCCUCCUCCUCGUCUCCGGCGCCGGCGUAUAUUCCCUCGGCAUCUACACCGCCUACCAUUCCUACCGCAUCUACUCUCUCCCCCCACCCCCACCGCUCAUCCACACCCCCGCCUUCCAACGCCAGCUCCAGCCCACCACCACCGGAAUCCUCGAUCGAGUCGGUCCCGACGCAUACGAUGCAGAAGUCGGCGGCCACGAAGUCCUCAUGCGGAUGGGCGCCCGCCGGAAAGAGCUGGUGGCGAGAGCACGGGGGAAGGUGUUGGAGGUGUCAGCGGGCACGGGGCGGAACGUGGCGUAUUACAAGGGUCUGCAGGGCGUGGUGGACGAGCUGUGCAUGAGCGAUGUGAGCGAGGUGAUGUUGAGGGGCGCGUGGGAGAGCACGACUACAUCACCACCCAAUGCGAAACCGGCCACCAGCUACCCCCCCACAACCUUUGCCCUCCUCAACGCCGAAAACCUCGCCCCGAUCCCCACACAUAGCUACGACACGGUGGUCUCCACCCUCGGGCUCUGUUCCUACGACGACCCCGUUGCGGCCCUGCGCGAGUUCUCCCGCGUCACCAACCCCGCGACGGGCCGCAUUUUGCUGCUCGAGCACGGCCGCAGUAAUGAAUACGGGGCUAUGGACGCGUUUUUGGAUAAGACGGCGCUGAGUCAUGCCAGGGAGUGGGGGUGUUGGUGGAACAGGGAUAUUGAAGCACUGGUAGACGAGGCGGGGCUGGUGGUGGAGGAACGGAGGAAGUUUCAUCUGGGGACUACGACUUGGUUGGUUUGUCGCCCGGGCCCGACGAGGGGCGAGGCUGCUGCUGCGGGUUGA